AUGUAUCAAUCGUUAUCUUUCUCCUCCAACGUCACCCACAGAUCUCUCCUGGAACCACGAUUACACCCCAGACCUCGCAAACCCCUCAAUUUCACCCCUCCUUCAUGCGUCUCCUCCGAUCCCGAAUCCGACGACUCAACUCCGAUAAACCUCUCCUCGAAGCUCAUCUCCCUCCUCAAAGCCGUCCCGAACUGGUCAGACGGAAUCAAAGAGAGGCGGAUGCAGCAGAAACGAUCUCUCUACACUCACGAGAACUGGGUCAGACACCGUAGCUCCCUCCGUCAUCUCCGUCACGUUUCCUCCAGCACCUCCUCUCGCGUUAUACUCUCUUUGAUCCCUCCCGUCUUCUUCUUCACCACCGUCGCCAUCCUAAUCGCCGGGUAUAACUCCGCCGUGGGUUUGGAGUGGUUACCUAGCUUCUUCCCUGUCCUUCGAGCUUCUCCUCUUCCCUAUCAGCUAACCGCUCCGGCCUUAGCUCUGCUUUUGGUUUUCCGCACGGAGGCUUCGUACUCGAGGUUUGAGCAAGGAAGGAAAGCGUGGGUUAAGAUUAUUACUGGAACUAAUGAUUUAGCUAGGCAGGUUGUUUCUUCCCUUAACGCAAGCUCUUCCGGUGAUGAUGAGUUGGUUAUCAGAGAUGCGCUUUUGCGUUACAUUGCUGCUUUCCCUGUAGCGCUUAAGUGUCAUGUGAUUUAUGGUUCUGAUAUUGCUGAUGAUCUCCGGAAUGUGGUCGAAGAAGAUGAUCUCUCUUUGAUCCUUCAGUCAAAGCAUCGUCCACGUUGUGUCAUUCAGUUCAUCUCCCAAAGUCUUCAGCUUUUGAAUCUUGACAGUACAAAGAUAGAUGCUUUGGAGUCAAAGAUGCUGCAACUACAGGAAGGGAUUGGUGUGUGUGAUCAACUCAUGGGUAUCCCGAUUCCACUUUCCUACACACGACUAACCUCGAGGUUCUUAGUCUUGUGGCAUCUUACACUCCCUGUUAUUCUCUGGGAUGAUUGUCACUGGAAUGUUGUUCCUGCUACUUUCAUCAGCGCUGCGUCUCUCUUCUGCAUUGAAGAAGUGGGUGUUCUUAUAGAGGAGCCAUUUUCUAUGCUAGCUUUAGACGAGCUAUGUGAUAUGGUGCUUAGUAACAUUGAUGAAGCUGUUGAGUCCGAGAAGGUCAUACGCAAUCGGAUCAUCGCAAAGAAAAGGAUGCAUGCAAUUAAGCACUCAGCAAAUGGUUGGCAUAAAUCUUGAAGUCAAACUACUCUCCGCUCUCAUAUAUGCGAUGUAAACAGAGAGUAUGUGAUACCUAACUUAGGUUUGUUAUUAGGUAUUGAAUGUAUAACACGUAGAUGUAGUAGGGAAACUUCAGCUUGUGUCCGUGUGUAUUGCGUUGUUCUUGUACAUAUGCAGUUCCUUUAAGCGUUCUUACUGAACGUUGAGUACUAUAUAUAGCUAAUAAAUGCUCAGAUGGUUUAGCCGAA